UUGUGAGCAUUCCGUUUCAGGCUUUCUUAUGUCAGACGAGAACGCCUGGGAACAAGGUAGAUACGCCCACUACGUAGCGUACGCGCAACCAAUCCGCAAUGCAGCCUGGGAGCUGUCAAUCGCUUUGUGUUUCUUCCUUCCUGGCCGCUGAACUACGGUGAUGUCUAGGGUCGUUUUUUUAAUAACCGAUAAGGAAUCUCUUAAAAUGCUGACACUAUGUAGAGCACAGUGAGCCAUAUCUCCACCACGUGACCUGUGAAGUCGUGUUAUGCAACACACAGGUAGUUAAAUUGAGCGACAUUUUAGCCGGGGCCCAGAAGCUGAGCCACCGCAGCAUCUUGCGUCUCUUGGAUAUACUGUCGCUCACAUUGGCUAGCUGCCGGAUUCAGGCUUUGACAGCCCUUUUUUAAAGUGACGUAGUGUACGUACGAAUGCAGGACAGCGCUGGACCGAAAUUCAAUAGCGGCGAUGAAUGUUCUGUCGAUGAUAACAGGUGAUCUGCUGGUGUGAUGCACAAUUGCUUGCUUAGUGUCGUGCAGUAUCAGAAUCGUCACCCGGGAGAAUGAACACAGAGGAAGUGGAGCUGCUCAGCGACUCCAAGUACAGGAACUAUGUGGCAGCUGUGGACAAGGCCUUGAAGAACUUUGAGUACUCCAGUGAAUGGGCCGAUCUCAUCUCUGCACUGGGCAAGCUUAACAAGGUAUUGCAGAACAAUGCAAAAUACCAGGUGGUUCCCAAGAAGCUGACGAUUGGCAAACGUCUGGCCCAAUGCCUGCACCCGGCCCUGCCCAGCGGGGUCCACCGCAAGGCGCUGGAGACCUACGAGAUCAUCUUCAAGAUCAUAGGACCCAAGAGGCUGGCCAAAGAUCUCUUUCUUUACAGUGCCGGGCUGUUCCCUUUACUGUCCAAUGCGGCGAUGUCCGUGAAACCAGCCCUUCUGGGUCUCUACGAAACCUACUACCUCCCCCUGGGCAAGACGCUGAAACCGGGUCUCCAAGGCCUGCUGACGGGGGUCCUGCCGGGCCUGGAGGAGGGGUCAGAGUACUAUGACAGAACCAACACCCUGCUGGAGAAGGUGGCGGCGGCUGUGGAGCAGUCGGCCUUCUACAGCGCCCUGUGGGGCAGCAUCCUGACCAGCCCCGCCGUGCGCCUGCCUGGGGUCACCUUCGUGCUGUUGCACCUCAACCGCAAGCUGACCAUGGAGGACCAGCUCUACGUCAUGGGCAGCGACAUCGAACUCAUGGUGGAGGCAGUGAGCACCUCGGUCCAGGACUCCAGUGUGUUGGUGCAGCGCAGCACCCUUGACCUGAUCCUCUUCUGCUUCCCCUUCCACAUGAGCCAGGUGACGAGACCGGACAUGAUUCGGAUCCUGUGUGCUGCUCUGCAUGUCGUUCUGAGGAGAGACAUGUCGCUUAACCGCAGACUCUACGCGUGGCUGCUGGGCUUUGACAACAACGGUGUGAGGACAGGACCUCGCAGUACACGGCAGAGCAACCCUGAGGAGCACGCUAGCCACUACUUUAACACCUUCUCCAAAGACAUGCUUGUUCAGGCGAUGGUGAGGAUCCUGCAGGGGAAGGCCCGAGGUGGGGAGGAGGAGAGCGUACUGAUGCACGACCUCAAGCCCUUCCGGAUCCUCAUCAGUCUGCUGGACAAGCCUGAGCUGGGGCCGGCCAUCCUGGAAGACGUUCUGAUCGAGGUGUUCCGCACGCUGCACACCCAGUGCCGAACAGAGCUGGACCUGCAGAACCAGAGCCCCUUCAGCAAGGAUCAUUCCCACCUCAGCAGUAAGCUCAGGGAGAAUAAGAAGACUGCAGAGCUGAUCAAAACAGCCAACCUCCUCUUCAACUCCUUCGAGCCCUACUACAUGUGGGACUACAUCGCCCGCUGGUUUGAGGAGUGCUGCAGGAGGACGGUGAACGGUGGUGCCAGUGAUGUGCCGCGGAACGCCUAUAGCAUAGAUUCCCCAUCGCUCUCCUUGCUGGAGUUCUGCCAGCUGGUGGACUUCCUACUGGACAUCGUGUCCUUGCCUACUAGAAGCAUGAGGGUAAUAUGCCAGGAGACCUACAUCGAGAUCCAGACGGAGCACCUCCCCCAGCUGCUGCUCCGCAUGGUGGCGGCGCUGACCGGCCACCUCCAGGCGCUGGGGCUGGAGGAGCUCACCCACUGCCUGUGCCUCUGCUCCAAGAUCCUCAGCAAGGUGCAGCCGCCCCUGGUGUCCCCUCUGUCCCUUCCCCCCCUCCGCGGCUCGAGGGCCCAGGGCCACGGCGCGCCCGCUAACACCCCCACGACCUCAACCACCCAGGACAUGGCCGGCGGCGAGGGGAAUGGACAGGCCACCUCCCCGGUCUUCCCCGGGAACGGGGAGGUGUUCCAGGACAACAACGCGGAGCCCCCGGCGGGCAGCCGCUCCUCGGAGUGCGGCUUCAGCGACUUUGUGCAGUACCGCGCCGGCGGGUCCGAGGAGGUGGACCCCCCCGUCGGCCCCCCCCCGGCCCGGCCCCAGGAGAGGCCCGUGAUGCAGCGCUGCCUGGAGCACUUCCAGCGGUUCCUCUCCCACCUCAUCACCCUGUACAUCGUCCCCCAGCGGGCGGGCCGCGACCGGCGGGCCGACAGCUGCGAGCCGGAGCCCGCCGCGGUGGGUGGGCCGCAGGGGGCCUGCGUGCGGCCGGGGGGGCAGACGGAGGCGGGGGCCGCUCCCGGGGGGCCGGGGUCCCGGCAGACGGAGUACGUGCGGGCGUUCGCGGCCGGCUGUCAGCUGUUCCUGGAGUGCUCCAGCUUCCCCGUUUACAUCGCCGAGGGCAACCUCCAGUCCUCCCCCUCACAGGAGGAGCAGCGAGAGAGCGACCAGGCGGUGCCGCCCGCCUGGCUGCAGACCCUGAUGGACGCCUGCUGCCUGGACGUGGACUUCAGCCUGCAGGGCGUGGCCAUCUCCCUGCUCAUGGACCUGGUGGGGCUCACCCAGUCUGUCGCAAUGGUCACGGCCGAGAGCGAGGGCCCCCCGGGCGGCGGGGGCCCCGAGUCGGCCCAGCAGCCCAUGAGUCCCAGCCAGGGCCGCGUUGCCGUGGUGAUCCGCCCGCCACUCACUCAGGGAAUACUCAAGUACAUGGCGCACAAGACAGACUUCUUCAAGAGCGUGGCUGUGAUCCUGUGGGAGCAGCUAGGCGAGGGCACGCCACAGCACCACCAGCGCAGCGUGGAGCUCUUCUACCAGCUCCACAACCUGGUGCCCUCCUCCAGCAUCUGCGAGGACGUCAUCAGCCAGCAGCUCAUGCACCGGGACAAGAGAAUUCGCCUGGAGGCUCACGUCAAGUUCUCGGUGCUGUGGCACCUGACAAGAGACUUGAACAUCACAAAGUCUUCCCCUUUCACCCGGACAUUUGACCGGUCUCUGUUCAUCAUGCUGGACAGCCUGAGUUACUGGGACCCGUCGGCCAGCUCGGUGGGCCGGGCCUGGCUCAACCAGGUGCUGCAGAGGCACGACAUCGCCCGGGUCCUGGAGCCGCUGCUCCUGCUCCUGCUGCACCCCAAGACCCACCGCGUCUCCAUCCAGAGGGUCCAGGCCCAGCGCCACUGGGCCCAGACCCUCCCCACGCCCCCCACCGAGCAGGACACCCCGGAGGACUUCUACAUCAGGGAUUCUGGCUUCUCCGAUGCGUUCAGCCAAAGGGAGGAUCAGCCGCCCGGAAGCCUGCCGCUGGGGGACCUGGAACCCUUCUGUCUGACCGUCAACCCCCUCAGCGACAGCCUGUCUGUUCUCAGCAUGAGCCUCGAGAACCUGCAGCUGGCCAGCGAGUAUUCCUCGGCCGACCAGCAGGGGGAGCCCAAGAGCUUGGAGUCCUGCGGCUCUCAGUCCUCCGCCGUUGGCAAGGGCAGCUUCAAAGAGCCCGACGCCGGCGGCAGUCACCUGGUCAACGGAUCGGACCCCUCGGCAGAGGAGGGGGACCCCAUAGAGGAGGUCGUUGCCUGCUUGCUGGAGGAGCUGAUCGACCGGGUGGUGAGUUUAGCUGAGGAGGAGGAGGAGGAAGAGGAGGAGGAGGAGGAGGAGGAGUUGGACGAGGAGGAGGAGGAAGCGCCCGCCGAGACCCCGUCCCCGCCCGAAGCCUGGACGCACACGGACUCGGACAGCACCAGCUCCUCCGACACCUCCACGGGGACCCGCCUGGACGCGGCCCCGGCCCCCGACGUGCCCCACCAGAGCCUGCCGGAGAUGGUGGCGGGGGGCACCCUGGAGUUCCUGUCGGUGGGCGCGGCGGAGGGCGUCUCGGAGGAGGAGCAGCAGCAGCAGCAGCAGCGGGAGGGCAUCACCCGCCACAGCUCGUCGCCCUCCAUCGUCACGCUGCCGGACAGCCUGGGCCCCCCGGCGGCGGACCUCCGCCUGCAGGUGGAGGACCCCCAGCAGGCCCGCAAGCGCAGCCACAGCAGCACCCAGCUCAGCCUGAAGGGCAAGAUCAUGGAGCGGCUGUCGGACAAAUCCCCCGGCGCCAAGCCCAAGGUGAAGAAGGCCAAGAGGAAGGAGGAGGAGAGGCUGCGCAAGGCCGCCAUCCAGGCUGAGAAGACCCGGCCGCCCAACAUCUUCUUCGGCGACAGCCUGGACCUGGAGAACUGGUACAGCUGCGGGGAGGGCGACGUGUCGGAGAUCGAGAGCGACACGGGAUCGCCCUGUGGCGGGACCGGCGCUAGCGGCGGGGGCGGCGGCGGCGGCAGCGGCGCACCUCUCUCUGCUACGAGCGGCGGGGUCGGCGCAGCGGGAGCGCGCCGGCCAUCGCCCGCCCUGCCCCGCUUCAACAUCCACCCCCUCUACCAGCACGUCCUGCUCUACCUGCAGCUCUACGACUCGUCGCGCUCGCUCCACGCCCUGUCGGCGGUCGCCGCCAUGCUGCGGGCGUCGCCCGCCGGCUUCGUCAGCGCCAUCUCCACCACCAGCGUCAACAACACCUACACUCCGCAGCUGUCCCUGCUGCAGAACCUGCUGGCCCGGCACCGGGUGUCGGUCAUGGGCAAGGACUUCUACUGCCCCCUGCCGCAGGACUCCCACACGCACUCCUUCCGCAGCGCCAUGUACCUGGAGAUCGUCAUCUCCCUCUGCCUGUACUUCCUGCGCAGCUACUACUCUGCGCACGUGGCGGCGGGCGCCCAGGAGCUGGCGGGCAACCGCGCCAUGCAGCUGACCAGCGUGGAGGUGCUCACGCUGCUGUUCGGCGAGCUGGCCAAGGCCACGGGCGGCUCGGCCAAGGGCUUCGCCUCCUUCAUCGGCGACGUGCUGUCCAAGUGCAAGGUGCAGAAGGUGGUGCUCCACUGCCUGCUCUCCACCAUCUUCAGCGCGCAGAAGUGGCACGAGCAGCGGGCGUCGGGCGCCAGCGCGGCCGCCACGGAGGAGGGCCUGUCGGAGGACAGCGUGAUCAACCUGACGGAGGAGCGCAUCGACGGCUGCUGCGCCGUGCAGUCGCAGCUGCUGCGGCUGCUGCAGAGCCUGGUGGAGCUGGAGCACCGCGUGCUGCUGCCGCAGGAGGAGGGCGGCGAGGGCGGGCUGGGCGUCGGGGCCGGGGGCGUUGGCGGGGCCGGCGGCGGGGCCGGGGGCGGCGGCGGGAUAGGGGCGGCGGCGGGGCCCGGGUUCGAGCUGCUGGGCUGCAGCGAGGUGGAGCACGUGAACCCUCAGCAGCCCAUGACCUCGCUGCAGUACCUCCACGGGCAGCCCAUCACGGCGCAGGGCAUGUUCCUGUGCGCGGUGAUCCGGGCACUGCAUCAGCACCACGCCUGCAAGAUGCACCCGCAGUGGAUGGGGCUGAUCACGGCCACGCUGCCCUACAUGGGGCGCGUGCUGCGCCGCGUGGUGGCCUCGGUCACGCUGCAGCUCUGCCGGAACCUGGACAACCUGCUGCAGCAGUACCGCUACGAGAGCGGCAUCACCGACGUCAGACCUCAGUGGAUGGCUCUGUGCAUCCCUCCGGACUUGAUUCUGACUGUGCUCGAGGGGGUGACUGCAAUCAUCCACUACUGUCUCCUGGACCCAUCUUCCCAGUACCAUCAGCUGAAGGUCAACGUGGACCAGAAGCACCUUGCGGAGGCGCGGGCCGGCAUCCUGUCCAUCCUGCACACCAUCAUGUCCUCGGUCACCCUGCUGUGGAGCGUCCUCCACCAGGCAGACAGCUCCGACAAGCCCGCCGUGGCCUCGGGCUGCUCCACCUCCCUCAUCAACCUGGGCUCCACCAAGAAUCUCCGGCAGCAGGUCCUGGAGCUGCUCGGGCCCAUCUCCAUGAACCACGGGGCCCACUUCAUGGCCGCUAUUGCCUAUGUUUGGAACGAGAGGAAACACACCAAGGCCCCAGUCAGGAAUAAGGUGAUCCCGGCGGCCAGCGAGGAGCAGCUGCUGCUGGUGGAGCUGGUACGGUCGGUCAGCGCCAUGCGCACCGAGACGGUCAUGCAGACGGUGAAGGAGGUCCUCAAGCAGCCCCCGGCCAUCGCCAAGGAGAAGAAGCACCUCUCUCUGGAGGUGUGCAUGCUGCAGUUCUUCUACGCCUACGUGCAGAGGAUCCCCGUUUCCAGUCUGGUGGACAGCUGGCUGUCACUGCUGGCGCUGCUCAAAGACUCGGUUCAGCUGGGCCUGCCCGCUCCCGGACAGUUCCUCCUACUGGGGGUUUUGAACGAGUUCAUCUUGAAGAACCCGAACCUGGAGAGCAAGAAGGACCAACGAGAGCUACAGGAUGUGACCCAUAAGGUGGUGGAGGCCAUCGGGACCAUCGCGGGCUCCUCCCUGGAGCAGACCACAUGGCUGAGGAGGAACCUGGAGGUGAAGGCCUCGCCGCAGAUUGUGGUGGACGGAGGCAACCUGGAGGCCGACGUAGAAGAUUUAAUGCUCACAGUGAUGGAGGCCUCCAGCUUCACUCCAUCUGUGUACAGCGUGCACGCUCUCACGCUGCUGGCCGAGGUGCUGGCUCACCUCCUGGACAUGGUGUUCUACAGUGAUGAGAAGGAGAGGGUGAUCCCCUUGCUGGUCAACAUCAUGCACUAUGUUGUGCCCUACCUCCGCAACCACAGUGCCCACAACGCCCCCAGCUACCGGGCGUGCAUCCAGCUGCUGAGCAGCCUGAGUGGGUACCAGUACACCCGGCGCGCCUGGAAGAAGGAGGCCUUUGAUCUCUUCAUGGACCACACCUUCUUCCAGAUGGACUCCUCCUGCGUCAGCCAUUGGAGAGCCAUCAUCGAUCACUUGAUGACCCAUGAUAAGACCACAUUCCGGGACCUCAUGACGCGCGUGGCCGUAGCCCAGAGCAGCUCCCUCAGUCUGUUCACCAACCGCGACGCUGAGCUGGAGCAAAGGGCUAUGCUGCUGAAACGGCUGGCCUUCACCAUCUACAGCAGCGAGGUGGACCAGUACCAGAAGUACCUGCCAGACAUCCAGGAGCGGCUGGUGGAGAGUCUGCGGCUGCCCGCGGUGCCCAUCCUCCACGCACAGGUCUUCCUCUUCUUCAGGGUGCUGCUGCUCCGCAUGUCCCCCCAGCACCUCACCUCGCUGUGGCCCACCAUGAUCACAGAGCUGGUGACGGUGUUCCUCCUGAUGGAGCAGGAGCUUACGGCCGACGAGGACAUCUCAAGAACGUCGGGCCCUUCGGUGGCGGGGCUAGAGACCACCUACUCCGGGGGGAACGGCUUCUCCACCUCGUACAACAGCCAGCGCUGGCUCAACCUCUACCUGUCGGCCUGCAAGCUGCUGGACCUGGCCCUGGCCCUGCCCUCCGAGAGCCUGCCGCAGUUCCAGAUGUACCGCUGGGCCUUCAUCCCAGAGGCCUCUGACGACUCUGGGCUAGAAGUGAGGCGCCAGGGGACCCACCAGAGAGAGUUUAAGCCCUACGUGGUCCGACUGGCCAAGUUGCUGAGGAAACGGGCCAAGAAAAACCCGGAGGAGGACUUCUCGAUCCGCACCCUCUCCUGGGAGCCGGGCCACCUGCUGCUCACGCUGUACGUGAUCCGCAGCAUGGACCAGCUGCUGCCCUUCUUCAACCUGCUCAGCCAGGUCUUCAAUUGUAAGUCCGGGAGCCGCCUUGGUCCGGCCUGCGGCCGCCCAGCACCAGGCGAGGGAGACUUUCCGGGUCAAAAGGACGCUGGCCACAAGCUAGAGAGCCAGAAGGUGUUCUGGAGCCGCGCCCGGCAGAACAUCGAGGAGAUGGUGGAGAAGGACUUUCUGGAGGGACUGAUCAAGACGUGAGAAGGGCCAAAAAGAGAAAGGAGUAUUUAAAAAACAUAUGUAUAUCACGGGGGGAGGGGAUGGGUUAUACGGAUCAACACUAGUGAAACACCUCAGUCUGUACAGAUAGAUAUGGGUAAACUAAGGGAGAAAAAAAACAUAAUCAAGUUUGUAGAUUUUUUUUUUGUAUUUCUAAUGACUUUUACUUCUUAAAUGCUAUUUAAUUUUAAUUAUUUGUAUAUACGGAGAUGCUUUGAUGACUGACUUUAACAUUUGUGAAUUUGAGUUAUUUUGGAAAAUGUAAAGAUGCUGUGCCAUUCCAUAUCGAUGUGACUUAAUAAAAUAAAUGCUUUCAAAUUGUGAGGCUUUGGUGUGCAUUCAGUGUCUGCAGGACUAACUGACUACAAGCUUUAAAGGGUUGAUGGAGG